AUUCUCCAAUAAGGUGGGUGACCUUCCCCAAGCCGGCUACUCUCAGAUCUACUCUGCUGAGAAGAGCAGUACAGAAAAAACCAUAGAGGGAACGAGAGUGAGAGAAAAACAAAGAGUCUCACAAACAAUGAAAGUCACCAUGGCGAUGGUGAUUAGGGUUUUCCUUCUCCUCUUAGUUUCAUUCUAUUCAAUCCCCAGUUUUGCUAUAUAUGAAGAUCAAGUUGGAUUAAUGGAUUGGCAUCAACAAUAUAUCGGGAAAGUCAAGCAAGCAGUAUUUCACACUCAGAAAGCUGGAAGAAAGCGUGUUGUUGUAUCUACUGAGGAAAAUGCUAUUGCUUCUCUGGAUCUCCGGAGAGGAGAUAUAUUUUGGAGACAUGUUCUUGGGAGUGGUGAUGUUAUUGACAAGUUGGAUAUCGGCUUUGGCAAAUACGUGUUUAGUCUUUCAUCAGGAGGCAGUAUUCUGAGAGCAUGGAACCUUCCCGAUGGGCAGAUGGUGUGGGAGUCUUAUCUUCAAGGCUCAGUGUCCUCAAAGUCAAUCUUAUGUAUACCAUCGAGCUUGAAAUAUGGCAAAGACAACAUAAUUCUUGUUUUUGGGAUGGGUUCUCUCCAUGCUGUAUCAAGCAUAGAUGGUGAAGUUAUUUGGAGAAAAGAUUUAGCUGCUGAAAGUUUGGAGAUCAAGCAAGUCCUUCAGCCCCAUGGCAGUGAUGUUGUAUAUGCUAUAGGAUUUGUUGGGUCAGAAUUUGUUACGUAUGAAAUUAAUGCCAGAAGCGGUGAGGUACUAAAACGCACAAGCAAGACCUUCCCUGGUGGCUUUUCUGGAGAAUUAUCGUAUGUAUCCAACGACAUGCUAGUGGCAUUGGAUACUACUGGGUCAACUAUAAUUUCAAUACGUUUUGGGGAUGGUCAGAUCAGCUUUCACCAGACUGCCAUCUCAGAUCUAAUCGAGAAUUUUUCUGGAAUGGCCUCAAUUUUUCCUUCAAAACUAACAAGCAUGGUUGCUCUUAAAUUCAAUUCAGUUAUAGUGUUUGUAAGAGUGACAGGUUUCGGCGAAUUAGAGGUGGUAGAAAAAAUUGAUAGUCCAGCUGCUAUUAGUGAUCCUCUCUCUGUCUCAGAAGGACAACAAGCUUUUGCAGUUGUUCAAAACGGUGAAAGUAAGAUUAGUAUCACGGUGAAACAAGCUAAUGACUGGAGUAGUGGUAAUCUGCUAAAGGAAACAAUUGUUAUGGACCAACAAAGAGGGAAUGUGGAGAAGGUUUUUAUAAACAGUUAUAUUCGAACAGACAGGAGUUAUGGAUUUAGGGCUUUGAUUGUCAUGGAGGAUCAUUCAUUAUUGCUGCUACAACAAGGUGAGAUUGUCUGGAGCAGAGAUGAUGGGCUUGCUUCAAUUCUUGAUAUGACUACAUCAGAACUUCCAGUUGAAAAGGAGGGUGUAUCUGUUGCUAAAGUAGAGCACAGCCUGCUUGAGUGGCUCAAGGGACAUCUGCUGAAACUUAAAGGAACUUUAAUGCUUGCAACUCCUGAAGAAGUAGUGGCUAUACAAGGAAUGAGGUUAAAAAGCUCCCAAAAGAACAAAAUGACAAGAGACCACAAUGGUUUUAGAAAGCUGCUGAUAGUGCUCACAAGAGCAGGGAAGAUUUUUGCUCUGCACACUGGUGAUGGGCGCGUUGUGUGGUCCCUUUUGCUUCCUGCUUUUAAGAAAUCAGAAGCCUGCCCAAAUCCUACUGGAUUAAAUUUAUACCAGUGGCAGGUUCCUCAUCACCAUGCAUUGGAUGAGAAUCCAUCUGUUCUUGUAGUUGGUAGUUGUGGAGGUUCCGAGGCACCGGGUGUUCUCUCAUUUGUUGAUACUUAUACUGGAAAGGAACUCGACUCUUUAACCCUAGGUCAUUCCAUUGAUCACAUUAUUCCACUCCCAGUUACAGAUUCAACAGAACAGCGACUUCACCUUCUUUUAGACAGAAAGGGACAUGCAUUCUUAUAUCCUAGAACACCCGAGGCUCUCAAGCUAUGUCAAGUUGAGCUCCCCAAUAUAUACUGGUACCUAAUUGAAGCCGAUAAAGACAUCAUUAGAGGGCAUACAUUGCGCAAAACAUGUAAUUUUGAAGGUGCGGAUGAAUAUUGCUUUGAUGCCAGAGACUUGUGGUCAAUUGUUUUCCCUUCAGAUUCAGAGAAGAUUGUUGCUACUGCUACGAGAAACUUGAACGAGGUGGUACACACUCAAGCAAAAGUGGUAGAUCAUGAUGCGAUGUAUAAGUAUUUAUCAAAGAAUAUGAUCUUUGUAGCUACUGUUAGUCCAAAGGGUGCUGGUGAGAUUGGAUCAGCCACCCCAGAGGAAUCUUCAUUGGUUGUAUAUCUUAUUGAUACCAUAACUGGUCGAAUACUUCACCGUGUGUCUCACCAUGCUGCACAGGCUCCUGUUCAUGCUGUUUUUAGUGAGAACUGGGUAAUCUACCACUAUUUCAAUCUCCGAGCUCACAGAUAUGAGAUGUCUGUCAUUGAGAUUUAUGAUCAAUCCCGAGCGGAAAACAAAGAUAUAUGGAAACUAAUUCUCGGAAAGCAUGAUCUUAGCUCACCCAUUUCAUCGUACUCUCGACCAGAAGUGAUGGUCAAAUCACAGAGUUAUUACUUUACACACUCUGUGAAAACAAUGGCAGUUUCAUCAACAGCUAAGGGUAUAACAUCUAAGCAGAUUCUAAUCGGCACAAUUGGGGAUCAGGUCUUGGCUCUGGACAAGAGAUUUUUAGAUCCUCGCCGAACUCCCAAUCCCACACCUGCAGAGAGAGAAGAAGGUUUAAUACCUCUAACAGAUGCAUUACCAAUCAUUCCUCAGUCCUUUGUUACACACUCACUUCUAGUGGAAGGUCUACGCGGCAUAGUUACUAUUCCUACAAAGUUGGAAUCUACUAGUCUUGUCUUUUCAUACGGAGUGGAUCUCUUUUUCACAAGAAUUGCACCCUCACGUAUCUAUGAUUCACUCACGGAAGAUUUUAGCUAUGCUUUACUUCUACUUACAAUUGUGGCAUUGAUUGCCGCAAUUUUUGUUACGUGGGUAAUGUCCGAGAAGAAGGAACUGAAUGAGAAAUGGAGGUGAGCGAGAUUCCAUUACCUCUCUCUAAAUUUUUGUAUUCCCUUUGAAUAACUGAUUCUCCUCUUCUUUUGUCUAGUAAGGUAGAUUCUUUUUAACUUGUAAUAUUACUAAUUCUUAGUUUUAGUGACAGCCCCUUCAUUUAUUAAAUUCUCUUUUUUUUUGGCGUAAUUUGAUGGCUACUCACUCUGUUAAUGUAUAUUCUACCUUUCAAAAAAGAAGAUGUACAACAAGAAUUGGUGAUUCUUUUUUUAUUUUAUAUUUUUUGUGCCACAUUAA